GAAAGCGCGCCCCCUGCCAGUUGAGCCCAGUGUGUGCAGCUGUAGUCAGUCAUCAUGGCGUUAGUAGCGGCAGCCAAGCGCUGUGCAUCCUCUGCACUUUUCAAUAGAUCAUUGUCAUUACCCGAGCUCAUAUCCGCCUACUCUUAUCAUAAAAAGGUGGUGGACCACUAUGAAAACCCUAGAAAUGUUGGUUCCCUGGACAAGAAUGCCAAGAACGUGGGCACUGGUUUGGUAGGCGCACCUGCAUGCGGGGAUGUAAUGAAACUACAGAUUGAGGUGGAUGAGAAUGGAAAGAUAAUAGACGCCAGAUUCAAAACAUUUGGAUGUGGCUCAGCCAUUGCUUCCAGCUCACUGGCCACAGAGUGGGUGAAGGGGAAAUCGAUUGAUGAAGCCCUGAAAAUCAAAAACACAGAGAUUGCCAAAGAACUUUGUCUACCACCAGUCAAACUACAUUGCUCUAUGCUUGCAGAAGAUGCGAUCAAGGCUGCAUUAGCAGACUACAGGCUCAAACAGAAGGACAAGGAGACGUUGGCAGAAGCUCGAAAUUAAUUCACCAAUGAGUCACUGUCACCCACUCUUGCUGUGACUCAGGAAAAAAUGGUGUAGUUUAUUCCCUUAUUGAGGUUGUAAUAAACAUAAUAGCCAGUGUCUAUCAUUACUGCUAUAUGCACACUGCCUUAGCAUUGCUGGUUUGAAGUGCUUUGUAUUGACAGACUGUGGGGAUCUUUAGAUUAAAGUUUUUUUCUGUAUCUCUCUGAAUCACGCACAUUAAAAUAAACUUUGAUUCCUAAAGAUCUCAUACUCUGACAUGAAAUGUUCUCAAUAUUAAAUGUAUAAUACUAAAAUGCUUUUAAAUAUAUUCUACUACACUUUAUAAAGAGUAAAGUAUGGGUUUUGGGAAAAAAAUGUACAUUUGUUAAGCUUUGCAGGAGGGUCAUUAUAGUUUUGGCAGUGAUUUGUAAGCAAACAAGUGACACCAAAAAAUCAAUAGAUACCUGGGCUUUGAUGCUGUAUUAUUUCUUGUAAAAACUUAAUAAAGCUCUAGAUGUUAA